CUCUCCGCCUGCGGGCACGCUGCGUACGCAUCACCAUCGGACCGUGCUUCGUAAACAUGGCGACUCUCGCGCUGUUGUCCAGAGCUGAGAACAUACUCGUGAGGAACGUGAGCGUGGCCGCCCGCGUGAGCUUCUCGCGAAGUGCCCUCAGCAAGACAUGUGGCUGCUACUUCUCCACCUCCAGCCACCGGAGGUCCAAGUUCUACUCCAGCGCCACGGAGGCAGUGAAAGAUAUUCCUGAUGGAGCCACUAUUCUGGUUGGAGGAUUUGGACUGUGUGGCAUCCCUGAGAAUCUGAUCAACAGUUUACUGAAGACGGGAGUGAAGGAGCUGACUGCAGUCAGUAAUAAUGCAGGGGUGGAUGACUUUGGCCUGGGCCUCCUCCUUAAGACCAAACAAAUCAAGCGAAUGAUCUCGUCCUACGUGGGUGAGAACAUGGAGUUUGAGAGGCAGUACCUGAGUGGGGAGCUGGAGGUAGAGCUGACGCCACAGGGAACACUGGCGGAGAGGAUCCGCGCCGGAGGUGCUGGCAUUCCCGCCUUCUUCACGGCUACUGGGUACGGAACGCUCAUCCAAGAAGGUGGAGCUCCCAUCCGGUACAGCAGCGAUGGAAGUGUGGCCAUAGCCAGCCAUGCCAGAGAGGUGCGUGAGUUCAGGGGCAGACACUUCAUCAUGGAGACAGCCAUAACGGGGGACUACGCCCUGGCAAAAGCCUGGAAAGCAGACAGAGCGGGAAAUGUCAUCUUCAGGAAAACCGCCAGAAACUUCAACCAGCCCAUGUGUAAGGCAGCGAGGGUGACCAUCGUGGAGGUGGAAGAGAUUGUGGAUGUGGGCACAUUUACAGAGGAAGACAUUCAUAUUCCCAGCAUCUAUGUGCACCGGAUCGUUAAGGGCGACCAGUAUGAAAAGCGCAUUGAGAAACGCACGGUAAAGAAGACAGCGUCGCCAACAGAGAAGCCCAAACCUGGGAAAGAGUCGGACCUGGUGAGAGAACGCAUCAUCCGCAGAGCAGCGCUGGAGUUUGAGGACGGCAUGUACGCUAACCUGGGCAUUGGGAUUCCCAUGUUGGCCAGUAACUAUAUCAAACCUGACAUCAGCGUGCACCUGCAGAGUGAGAACGGCAUUCUGGGAUUGGGCCCGUAUCCUGCCGAGCACGAGGUGGACGCUGAUCUCAUCAAUGCUGGAAAGGAGACUGUGACAGUCCGCCCCGGAGCUGCCUACUUCUCCAGUGAUGAGUCCUUUGCGAUGAUUAGAGGGGGCCAUAUCAACCUCACCAUGCUGGGAGCCCUGCAGGUGUCUAAAUUCGGAGAUCUGGCCAACUGGAUGAUCCCGGGUAAGAUGGUGAAGGGUAUGGGUGGAGCCAUGGACCUGGUGGCCAGCAUUGGGACUAAGGUGGUGGUUACAAUGGAACACUCUGCCAAGGGAGGCAAACACAAGAUCCUGGAGACGUGUGCGCUGCCACUGACAGGCAAGCAGUGUGUGGAUCGCAUCAUCACUGAGAAGGCUGUGUUUGAUGUGGACAAAAACAAAGGCCUUACCCUUAUUGAAGUGUGGGAGGGGCUUACUCCUGACGACAUCAGAAAAUGCACAGGCACAGAUUUUGAGGUCUCUCCGCACCUACAGCCAAUGCAGCAGAUCUAACCGCUGUAGCUAUGGCACUCCUUGAUGUCAGCGGUACCCGGUAGGACGGACGCGUGUCAGAUGCUGUCACCAGUCCCGCCGAGUCUAACGCCUAAAGCUGGCAUGGGGAAAUGACUCAGCCGUGCUAGAAAAUAACAGCCAGCUGUAAAAUACAAAUCCGUCCACCUGAUCUUUAGGAAACGUGUCCAUGACUGUGGUGUGCAGUGUGAUUAGAGGAGCUUAAUUCGGAGAUGACCGGAAUAUACAUCAGCAGUAAAGGUCAGAAUAAUUAACGCUUCUGGGGCCCAAUCGCUAGAUACAUGACUGAUAUUGUGUUGAAACAGAUUAAACUCGCCUCUCUCUGUACUGAAACAAACGAACCUGUCUUUUCUUUUUUCUUGAUCCGCGGAACAGGAACCGUUUUUUUUUUCCACAUUUAGCGUUGCGUCGAUGCACGCGAGCACGGGGAGGCCCAUGCGGUUUGUACAUAAUAAAGGUUUCUGUCGUA